AUGUUGUCCAAGAUCUUGCUACCCGUUGUUGCACUUGCAGCCAGUGCCAAUGCGCAUGGCUACCUCACUUCACCCAUGAGCCGAACAGGGCUGAAUGCACAGUCUGGGGCUGAUACGUGCCCCGAAUGCACAAUUCUGGAGCCGGUAACAGCAUGGCCUGAUCUUGACGCCGCAGCUGUCGGCCGCUCGGGUCCUUGCGGGUACAAUGCUCGUGUGUCAGUUGACUACAACCAGCCCGGGCCUCGCUGGGGUUCUGAGCCCGUCAUUACCUACAAGGCUGGGGAUGUCGUCGAUGUACAGUGGUGUGUAGAUGCCAACGGUGACCAUGGUGGCAUGUUCACCUACCGCAUCUGCCAAAACCAAGCUCUUGUCGACAAGCUCUUGACCCCUGGAUACCUCCCUACUGAAGCAGAGAAGCAAGCAGCAGAGGAUUGCUUCCAAGCUGGAGAGUUGAAGUGCACAGAUGUCCCUGGACAGACAUGCGGAUUCAACUCUGACUGCCAGCAAGGCCAAGCCUGCUGGAGGAAUGACUGGUUCACAUGCGGUGGCUUCAACGACAACCUGAAAUGCAGGAGCGUCGACAACGCCCCCCUAAAUUCAUGCUACACCAGCAUCGCAGGCGGCUACACCGUCAGCUCAAAGAUCAAAAUCCCAAACUACACCAGCAACCACACCCUCCUCUCCUUCAAAUGGAACUCUUUCCAAACCCCGCAGGUCUACCUCACCUGCGCCGACAUCAAAAUCACCGGCAGCAGCUCCGGCACCUCCCCACCCCCAACUUCGAGCAAACCCCCUACGUCCUCCUCCAAGCCCACUUCCACCUCCACCUCCACCUCCGCACCCUCCGCAACCCCCACCGCCUGCGCCACCCCCGUCUCCACCGUCGCCGUAACCUUCAACUCCAAAACCACCACCUCCUUUGGCCAAACCGUCAAACUCGCAGGUUCCAUCUCCCAGCUCGGCAGCUGGAACACUGCCAAUGCGCCUGCCCUGUCCGCCGCCCAGUACACCUCGUCCAACCCGCUCUGGACAACCACCCUCAACCUACCUGCAGGCACCAGCUUCGAGUACAAGUACAUCAAAGUUGACAGUAGUGGCGCCGUCACGUACGAGAGUGGGGCCAAUAGACAGUACACUGUGCCUAACGGGUGCGCUAACACUGUCACUGUAGAAGGGACUUGGAAAUAA